AUGGAGCCUCCGUUCUCUGCCAGCGCCAGCCCCGGAUUGACCCACAGAAGACUUUUGUUCAAUUCCGAAAUACCCCUGCUCGAGGUGUUAAUAAAACUUUUGGAGGAGAUUUAUCGCCCGAGCUUGCAAGAUAUUGGUAUUCAAGCUGGUUCGGACACGGGCGUUUCUUUUUAUGAAGGUCAAUUGCGAAGAAUCGACCAAAAAUUUCAGUCCAAACAGUUGCUUGACAUCGAAUCAACAAGAGCAGCCUUUGAGGAGAGAAUACGACACUGUCGUUACGAAAUCGAAGCAGAACUACAAAAAAGUUACUCUGAAAAGCUGGAAACGUUUAAGAAACUGCGGCUUGAGGAAAUGCGCCAAGAGGUUGAAGCCAAAAUGGCUGAACAGUUUUCUGCAAAACGACAACAGUUGGAAGCCCUACAUACCGCAGAACGGGCACGACUCGACGAACGCGAAAGACAUCUGAACGAACUUUCACAGAAGUCUCGCGAAGUCGGUGAGCGGACCGCCUUCCUACAGCGCCAAGCCCUUGAAGCGGAGAUCCAGGCGGCUCGUGCCCAAACGGAAAAAGCUAGAGCAAGGGAAAUGGAACUCGAAAGGCCAAAAUAUGCGUCUCUUUUGUCGGAGCCCGCUCUUUUCGACACAGAAACCAUUGCCCUAAACCCUGCGUUUGGAGAACUGUGCUACGAAGUUGAACAAAAUGUAGCAGUGGUUUUUAUGAAUCUAGAUUUUAAGGUAGCCGGUACGGAAACGUUCCCAUGUUUUAAAGUUAUGGAAACUAUAUCAGGACAUAUUUGUUAG